UCUCGCUCAUUGGCUGCGAGGCGUGACGCCACGGCCGGGAGAGCUCGUGAUUGGCCCGAGGCCGCGGGCAAGGGGGGAAGCGAAUUGCAUCAGACAAGGGCUGCGGCCGUGAGGCGUUGGCGGGGGCGGGGCCUGCGGGCGGCUCUGAGGGCAGAGCGCGGCCGGGAGGGGCCCCAGGGAACCGGGCCGGGCCGGGCCGGGCCGGGCCGAGCCGAGCCGUGCCGAGGUUGAGCAGUUCCUUGAGGAGGCAGUGAACCGAGCCUGGCGUGGCGAUCCAGCUGAAAUCUCUCUCUGGUCUCCUUUCCGGAGCCGCUCUGUCACAAGUAGUCACAAGCAUAAUCAUGGGGUACACAAGUGCCGCGAAUGGAGCUGUAGCAGAUGCCAUAAGAAUGAACUUUUUACCGUAAGAAUACUAAAAAGGCAGCGAGGUUUGAGAUUGAUGAGUGGAAGCUGCAGGACACCGUGCAGAAAUCCCUCAGGGGCGUCUCGGGCUGCUCCCGAGCGUGUGGGAGUGAAGUGAGCGCUUUGUGGCGUCUGAGGAAGGAAAUCACCCCGCCGUGAUUGGUGUCAGACCUGACAGACCUGGGGCUCUGACAAAAGAAUAAUUUGUAGGUGAAAAGCCUGGAAAUGCUCGGCCCGUGGGAAUGCAGGUGCUCGGCAACCCGCGGGCAGCAGUGCAGAGCCGUGCAGGGCACGGGGGUGCUGCAGCUCUCCGAGCUUCCCCUCGGGACAGUGGCCAGCCACCCGAAUGGUUAUGAAAUGCCGAGACUUCGGCUGCUCGCAAUUAUUUCUGAAAGCCAUUCCUACAUUGAUUUUAAAUUAGUCGGGAUGUUAAACACCAAAGGAAAACAUGAGCUUUGGAAGAUCAAAGACGCUGGUGUGCUGCUUUGGCAUUACUCCAGCUCUGGAGUUCUGCCAGGCUUUCAUGAUACAGAGAACAAACUGCAUUUGUAAGCUUGUGUUUGUUCUUUUCUUGCGCACUGCAGCAUGACAUUGAGCUAAGGCUGAAAGUUCAUCUUUCUACUUUGACACCUUUGUGAAAAACAUGGCAAUUUUUCAAUAAGCCUUUUAAUCAGAGUGCAAAAAAUUGUUUGUCCGGGUCCUGCUAAGCCCCUGAGAUACUGGCCAUUGGAGAUACUGCUUCUCUUUUGUGUGUCUCUUCUGGAUUUGGACUUAUGUUUCUUCUAUAAUUCUAAUUCCCACUUUAAAGUGUUACUUUUUUCAACCAAAAUGCAGAUUCAGUAUUAAUAACUGCUUCAGAUUUCGGACAUCCAUUUCAAGUUGCCCUUAUUUGCAAGAAAAGUGUUGAACGGGGUGAACACGUCUGCCUUACAUUGCUGAUUUGUAAUGUUUACAGCUAUACUGGGGAGAUCUGAUUUAUCACUAUAUGAUUUAUCAGACAGAUAUCCAUAUGCCUUGGUAUUAUGACUGAAGAAAAAUCCUAACUUUCUGUCUGCAGUCAUUUGAUUUAAUCCUGUGAUCCACGUGACUCAAGAAUGCUUCUCACCCUGCCUUCACCCCGCUGGGGGUUCAGCACUACCACCAAGGAUGUGCCAACGAGUACACUGUUGGCUGUCCUGCCAGAAACCACAUUAGUUCCUGCUAAAAUAGCUUUAUGUUUUAUGUUCCAGGUGGCCAACCCACCAGAGGAAAUAAUUUUGUUUAACGAAGGUGGAGAGGCUUUACCCUUGUGUAAUCUCAGAUACAGAGAAAGAAAUGUGUGUUGAAUGUUAUCUACACAUGAAAAAAGGGGCAAUAGGGGAGGAAAGUAAAAUGGAAGAGGGGGUGUAGAGAAAAGAUUGCCUGAAAAUCAUAAUCUGAGAAAGAGCUUGCUUUCCAAAUGUGUGUCUGAAAAUACUUGGAUGGUGGCCCAGGCCCCCAAGUUCUUGACAACAGCUGGAGUGUUCCCAUACCUGUAUCAGUAGCUGAUUAAACGAGAACCUGUUUAGCAGCCUAAAACAAGGUUAUUCAAAACCUGUAAACAAAUUUUACUUGUUCUUAAAUUUUGUCAUUACACAUUUGGAUUCAGGAGUGCAUCUUUCAAAGUUUUUGUGCUCUCAGCUUCAGGGAAUAUGCAGAAUCUGUAUCCUCUGGCUGCUGCAAGGAACUGCCACCCUGCCUGCAUGCUGUUCAAAGUGACAUUGGCUUUCCCUUCUCUUAACACUGCCACAAGUAAGCCUUUCAGAAAGGUGAUUUUCACUCAGCUCUCAUCCCUUCUCCAUUAAUACUUAAUAAAUUAUUUGGGUUCUGCAUUCAUUAGCUUCCGUGAUUGUUCCCAGGUUACCACCAGAAAAGCAUGGAAAAGACACAGUGAGUUCAACUUUAAACCAUGAGUUUCCUGACAUAUGUGUACCUUGCAUUCCAGUUCCUUGUCCUCCUGUCCUCAUCUUCCACCCACAUGUUACUGGUACUUCCAACACCCCAGAAUUUCAAGGAAGAGUGAAGUAGGUCUGCCUGAGUUCCAUCUUAUAUCUUGGUCGUGGGUCAAAGGCAUGGGCUGGAGAGCCUUACCUUGGUCUCUUUAUGGUCCAGUCCUCUGACCUAGCUGAUUGUGGUGAGGGAGAGACCCCAUCACACCUGUACCUGAAGUGACUCCUGUUACACCUCUUCCAAUUCCUUCAGGCCUUCUUGCUGGAGUUCUCUCUGUAUUUUGCCCAUAACACUGCAGGCAGCAUCAGCUGGCUCAGGCAGCCCCUGUCCUGUGACAGAGAUGUCUCACAUGCCCCUGUUGUGGGGUUAUCUGCUUCCUCAUGCAAUGGAGUUGGUUCUGCCAUCUCCACAGUCAAUGAAGUCUUGCUUCUGAUUUGCAAAAGAAGUCUGAGUUAACUCAGGCAAAGCUAUCCGUGUUUCUGGAACAAAAAUAUUCUGCAAGUUGACUAGAAAUUAGGCCUUUUAUAAGGCUUUUCUUCAGGAAAAGAGGGUCUCCCUUCAGUGCUAUAGGAGUUCCCAAUAGCCACAGGCACUGAGGUUCACCUUGGGGCUUCUUUGGGCAGUUCAGUUCCAUUGCCCACAUACAAAGAGGUUGUGCCCUAUUCCAGGUUUAAUUUUAGCUUAGCAGCAAUAAAUUUCAAUGCAGUACCUUGUGAAAAAAAAAAAAAAAGAUUAGGAGCACACUGCCCAAAAGAGAGAUACAUGUAUAGCAACUGAUUAAUUUAAUUUUUAGAAAAUAUGAACCUCCAUUGUGGCCUUCUUCUGUAGUGAUCUCUUUGCAUCACAGAUUGUUUGGCAACAAAAUCAUCUCAUGUUUCACAGCCUCUAUAAUUUUGUGUGUGUAAUUUCUUCUACCAUUGUUACAGAAUACAAGAUGGCAGAUUUUUCUUAAAACAGUCAAAUGAUAUAUUGUCUUUUUGAGUGAUAACAGUAAAUUUGUGAUCAAGCAAUCUCUAUAAAAGGCUCACAAUGUUCCUUGCAUCUCCAUAGUGGGUUUUUUCCCCCUGAAUUUCACUUGCAUUGUAAUUCCAAUUUGCUUCAUUUUUAGACUCCUCUGAAACUCAAGAAUUCACUGGUCUCAGGCAAGACCAGAAAUUAACAAAUGUAUAUAAUUUUGUAGCAGUGGCAUUUUUUUGCCAAUUCACUAAUUUUUCCAGAAAACUGACGUGCUUAUUAAACAAUAGAGGUCCCAGUGUAGAGACAGCUUCCUAAACCCCCUCACACUGUCAAAGAAUGCUGAUAUAAAGGGAAAAUCCAUCCACUUACAAGGACAUGGCAGUAUUUUGAGAUAAAGAUCUCUUGAUUUGAUUCUUUCUGUCAGACAGAAAAGGAAAUUUCUCUUGCACAUUCAGAGCUCGGAGCAAACCCACUGAUGGGAAUUUAAAAGAAGACAAGAUAUCCACACCACAGCAAAGAGAAAGGCUGGCAACCCUGUUCCCAUUUCUGGAAGAGUGAAAAGUUACUGGAAAACUCUGCAAACAUUAGUCAUGUAAACAGAUCUUUAUACAUAGGCACUGGAUGCCCUUGGGGAGGUUUAUGCCGUCUGCCAGUCCCUGAGAGAGUCCAGCUGGGAAUCAAACAGCAUUGGUCACUUAGCCAGGAAAAUGGGCUCAGGGCAGCUAAUCUGUCUGGAGGGCAGCCCUGAUCUCUGCAGGAACCCCACAGGUCAGGAGGAGGUUGUAGUUGUCAUUGUUUUGCUUAGUUGUUGUGGCCUUUGCUUCCAACCAGCUUGGCCCAUCCCCUUCCCACACCAUUCCUCUAUUGCUCUAUUGAUUCUGCUUCCAUUGCAUGGAUUCCCUUUCUUUUAAAAGGUCCAGCUGUUGGCACCUCUGGUGCUUUGCUGUGGUUUGAUUAUAGUACCUAUUCCCAUGUGUAGUCCUACUUCAUCUCUUUGGCUUUUCUCUUUCUAGCUUGGUCCCAAGCACAGUGUUCCCCUGCAGGGUUCUCUCCUCCUGCUGGCAGGAAAAUGUGGGCCAGAGAGUUGUGCAGAGUGCACAGGAUUUGGAGGUUCUGGGGAUGCCACAGGAGCUGUGCACAGAGAGGUGUUGUGCCCACCUGUAUACACUGAUGCACAAGGACACAUUAGAGGUGGUAGUCACAAGCAAAAGAAAAAAGGCAAAGGUCCUACACUGACUUGAGAUGAUGCAGCAAGUGAAUUUUUUGGGGUGGUUCUGCAAAAUGUGCUUGGGCAGUGCAGGAGAGACUGAAGUUGCUGCUGUGCUGUCCCAGGGAACCAACAAUGGCUCAGGCAGCCCAUGUCCUGGGCUGUUCUGGGUUUUGUGCCAGUGUCUCACAUGUUGAGCAAGCUCUCAGAGGAAAACACUUAACUUGAAAUCCCACAUACCUAAAAGCUCCUGUUCCAGUAAGUUUUUUUGUUUGCACAUCCUGGUUCAGAACUGGAACCUCUUCUUGGAAAAUACCCAGGGAGGUAAACAACCACGCUUAGGAAAACUUGAUGGCUACUUCCUGUUGGCAGAAGCCAGCUCUUCUUUGGAGUACUGCCAGCAUUUAAAAGGAAAAACCUUUUCUUGUUUCUUAGACCUUCCCUAGGCUUUGAAAUUAUUUUAGAAGUCCAGAGCCCCUGAGAGUCCUGGAAGCUUUCUCAUUUUGUAAUUUUGAAUUUAUUUCCUUAUAUUCUUCCAUUUGAGUGCCCUUUUGUAUGCAGAACCCUGUCUCCAGCUGUCAUGUGACCCUGUAUGAGAAGAGGAAAUUAUUAGGAAAUGUCAAGUUGGGAAUCAGUUCUGUUUCAGCAUAAGUUCAGCAGGACCCAGAAUGUGUGGGACACUGUCAGAAUCAUCCAUCUCCUGCCUCCUACAUUUUUGAUUUGUUGACUCCACAGAGGGCACAGGGUAGCAGCUGGUGUUCAGAGAGGGACAAGUCUAUUAUGGUUUGUCUCUGGUAUCCUCACAGAUUUGCUCUGUUAGCACUGACUUUAAUGAUAACUCUUAUGUAAACAGGCUGGGACGGCUAAAGCCCUUAAUCUACUAAUUAAAUAGUGCCAGUCAGAUUUUUUAACUUAGGUGAGUCUUUAAUAUAAUAGAUGACCUAAGAUGAAAUAGAGUAAAUAGUUUCUUAAGUCACUGUCACAUGAACAAAUCCAUUGUUAAUGUAGGAAUUCCUUCAUUUUAGCCAGUAACAUUUUAAUAGUGGGUUUUGGGGUUUUUUUUGUUUUUUUUUUUUUUUUUUUCUUUUGGUACUCAGAAGCAGUGAAAUCUGUUUUUUGGCUUUAGCAUAGAGUUCUUCAUAUUGCAAUUAGUAUUAGGAGCUGAUACAUCAUACACUUUAACCAUGUGCUGCAAAUUUAUUCUGCAAUGUUUAAAUAUUGUUCAUUUUCUAUUAUUGCUUGAAGAAGGGCUUCACAAACAGCAUCUUGUACCCUACAUUUAUUCCAGAAACACUAAUAACCAUGUUGAAUUAAAUACAGAAGUGUCAAUAUCUAGAUUGCAUAUAAAUAUGUUAUAGGGUGUGUUAUUUAUAUUUAAUUUAAUUGGUGGCUUCUUCAAUAUUAUGAAUGAGGAAACUGCUAAGCAUUGACCUAAUGACCACAUGAAAUUAACACUAGUCUGGGAUUAGUGCAACUAACUGAAAGUGAGUAGAUGUGAUACAGAGCAAUCUCAGGAACACAGUGAAAGACAUUGCUAUGGAUGCAUUUGAGGGUCUUUCUUGCAGAAUGGAUACUGAGAAUCUUGGAAAAUAUAGCUCCAAAUUUUUUCCAAAUCCAUUCUGUUCCUGCCACCCCUUGCAGAGAUUUUAGAUGAUCAAAAAGUAUAUAGAAAUAAUUUCCUAAGUUUGUUUCUUGGAAUUAUUUUUUUCUUCUUUUGGUAACAUGAUCUGCUGCGCCUGCCUGGUGAGGAGUCUGAAGGAAAGCAUCAAGCAUGGCUGUAUUGUCAUGCAACUCUUAUUUGAGCUUGUACUGUGUAUUGGGCAAUACUUUGCAAACAGAAAGGACCAAAUUUAUCUAAAUAAGGCUAUUUUCAGUACAAGCUACAUAAUUCAGUCUUACAGACCUGAUUCAUUAUUAUUUUUUCCCUUCAUUACAUGUACAGAGAGGUGAAGGAUUCCCCAAUCACCAUGUUUCCCCUUCUUACAGAUUUAAAAGACUACAUGUUGUUUAAAACAUUGGAAACCUUAACUAUUCAAAUAUUAACUAAUAAUUUUGUUCACAAAAAUUGUUAGAAUCAAAGUUGUUAUGGCCAGUCAGUUGGUUAUUUUGCAUUGCUUUGAUGCUGAUUUACUUGGGUAAAUUGUGUUUCCAAACCUUAAAUAGCAAGAAGCAAAGCCACUUUGCACGACAUUUUUUUUUCCUUAGUACAACCAUCCGCUCACUUUUCUUCUUCUUCCUUAAUUAAGCUGACAACCCACAACGGUUUAUUGCUUUAAUUUAGAAUAAUCAAUGAUAACGACGAAAGCAUCACUUCCACAAAUACAGAAAAAAAUGUUGUCCAUUACCACGGGCUUUCAAAGUGCAACGGUAAGGUUUGCCUGGAGAUGCUGGAUGAAGAUGAAGGUGAAGGUGAAGGUGAAGGUGAAGAUGAAGAUGAAGAUGAAGAUGAAGAUGAAGAUGAAGAUGAAGGUGAAGGUGAAGAUGAAGAUGAAGGAGAAGGUGAAGAUGAAGGUGAAGGUGAAGGUGAAGAUGAAGAUGAAGGUGAAGGUGAAGGUGAAGGUGAAGGUGAAGAUGAAGGUGAAGGUGAAGAUGAAGAUAGAUGAAGAUGAAGACGAAGACAAAGACGAAGACGAAGACGAAGACGAAGGUGAAGAUGAAGAUGAAGAUGAAGAUGAAGAUGAAGGUGAAGGUGAAGGUGAAGAUGAAGAUGAAGAUAGAUGAAGAUGAAGAUGAAGAUGAAGGUGAAGGUGAAGGUGAAGGUAAAGGUGAAGGUGAAGAUGAAGAUGAAGAUGAAGAUGAAGGUGAAGAUGAUGUGAGGCAGUGGGAGAUGCUGUUAACCCCUGCGCUGCUGCCGGCUCCCUCCAGCCCCGCUGUGGCUCUCGGGGGUCACCUGCUGGUGGCCGUGCCGCGCUGCAGGAGCUGCGGCGGCUCCUUCAGCGCUCGGGUGUGUCCGAGCAAAGAUCCAAGUCAGCCCUAAA